AUGAGCCGAGGAGUUUUGAUCAACUUUGACGACCAUCACCUCCUCUCCCUUCUCUCAUACCAUCCCACCUCUACUGUCUCUAAUACCAUCACCUCCUCUCCCGUCUCUCAUACCAUAACCUCCUCUCCCUUCUCUCAUACCAUCCCCUCCUCUCCCGUCUCUCAUACCAUCACCUCCUCUCCCUUCUCUCAUACCAUCACCACCUCUCCUGUCUCUAAUACCAUCACCUCCUCUCCCGUCUCUCAUACCAUCACCUCCUCUCCCUUCUCUCAUACCAUCACCUCCUCUCCCAUCUCUCAUACCAUCACCUCCUCUCCCAUAUCUCAUACCAUCACCUCCUCUCCCAUCUCUAAUACCAUCACCUCCUCUCCCGUCUCUAAUACCAUCACCUCCUCUCCCGUCUCUAAUACCAUCACCUCCUUUCCCGUCUCUAAUACCAUCACCUCCUCUCCCGUCUCUAAUACCAUCACCUCCUCUCCCGUCUCUAAUACCAUCACCUCCUCCCCUGUCUCUCAUAACAUCACCUCCUCUCCCAUCUCUCAUACCAUCACCUCCUCUCAUGUCUCUAAUACCAUCACCUCCUCUCCCAUCUCUCAUACCAUCACCUCCUCUCCUGUCUCUAAUACCAUCACCUCCUCUCCUGUUUCUAAUACCAUCCCCUCCUCCGUCUCUAAUACCAUCACCUCUUCUCCUGUCUCUCAUACCAUCACUUCCUCUCCCGUCUCUCAUACCAUCACCUCCUCUCCUGUCUCUAAUACCAUUACCUCCUCUCCCAUCUCUCAUACCAUCACCUCCUCUCCUGUCUCUAAUACCAUCACCUCCUCUCCUGUCUCUACUACCAUUACCUCCUCUCCAAUCUCUCAUACAAUCCCACCUCUACUGUCUCUAAUACCAUUACCUCCUCUCCCAUCUCUCAUACCAUCACCUCCUCUCCUGUCUCUAAUACCAUCACCUCCUCUCCUGUCUCUAAUACCAUUACCUCCUCUCCCGUCUCUAAUACCAUCCCCUCUUCUCCCAUCUCUCAUACCAUCACCUCCUCUUCUGUCUCUAAUACCAUCACCUCCUCUCCCAUCUCUCAUACCAUCACCUCCUCUUCUGUCUCUAAUACCAUCACCUCCUCUCCCAUCUCUCAUACCAUCACCUCCUCUCCUGUCUCUAAUACCAUUACCUCCUCUCCCAUCUCUCAUACCAUCACCUCCUCUCCUGUCUCUAAUACCAUUACCUCCUCUCCAAUCUCUCAUACCAUCCCACCUCUACUGUCUCUAA